UUUAAAGAGCACACGGAGCGCACGGUCACAGCGCAUUCGUGACUCAGCCUUUGAGACGUGAGCAACCAGAAAAUCGAACGCAAGUGAAUUGUGAAAAAGUGUGUUCCACAAAUCAUACAUAUAUCCAUAAUAACUAUAUAUUAAAAGCAAAUUUACAAAAAUGCUUAAUAUGGAGAGUGCAAGUGCGGGCGCGGCAAUCGCAGCGGGAUUGAGCAAAUCGCUGACCACACCGUUUUCCAUCAACGAUAUCUUAACGCGCAGCAAACCGUUGCAUGCCACAGCGGCACAGCGACGCGUGUCCAGCGUGGACUUGGACUGUGAACCAGAGAUCGUUGGCCAGGAGCGCGCUGGUUCCAAGUCUCCAACGCCUCCGACGCCGCUUUGUUGUCGCGAUCUCAGCAUUUACAAACUGGCCCAGGAGAACAGCUCUAAUCCCGGCCAGCAAGCAAGCUAUUUGCAGUAUUAUGCAGCUGCUGCGGCGAUGGAUAACAACAAUCAGGGCGCAACUUCAAACUCCAGCUCCGGCUCAAGUCUGCCCGUUGACUACAUGCAACGUAAAUUGGGCUACUUUGGCGCCGCUUUGUCCGCCGCUGCCUCCUCCUCCUCCAUCUCAAUCUCCGGCCCGCUCGACAUGCGACGCUGCAAUGCCAGCAAUGACUCCGACUGCGAUUCGCCGCCGCCAUUGAGCAGCUCUCCCUCCUCCUGCACUGCGGGUGGCUAUGGACGCACCACCUCCUCGCCGCUCUCCCACGACGACAGUCUCAGUGGCGGAGCGCUGAGUCGCAAGAAGCGUUCGCGUGCCGCCUUCAGCCACGCCCAGGUCUUUGAGCUGGAGCGUCGCUUUGCCCAGCAGCGUUAUCUCUCCGGCCCGGAGCGCAGUGAGAUGGCCAAAACGUUGCGUCUGACCGAGACACAGGUGAAGAUCUGGUUCCAGAAUCGUCGCUACAAAACGAAGCGCAAGCAAAUCCAACAGCACGAAGCCGCUUUGCUCUCGGCCACCAAACGUGUGCCCGUCCAGGUCUUGGUCCGUGAGGAUGGCACCACAGCCUAUGCCCAUAUGACACCGGGUGGAGCUGCUGCCGCCGCUGCAGCUGCUGCUUAUCCACAUGGUCUCGAUCCGGCGCUGCUCAACAUCUACAGGCAUCAGUUGCAGUUGGCCUAUGGCGGUUUGCCACUGCCCCAAAUGCAUUUUCCCUACUUCUAUCCGCAUCCAAAGGUGCCGCAGCCAAUUCCACCGCCCAGUCAACAGCAGACGCCGCACUCGGCCAGCUUUGUGACCGGCUCCUCGGCAUCCUCAUCGCCAGUGCGCCAACAACGCAGUCCCUGCCCAAGUCCAACCCCGGGUCUGAACGUGAUGAGCAUCGAGAGCGGCGCCGAAAGCAAUCAUUCAGCUGCCGAGGAUUGUGAGGAGAAUGUGGAAAUUGAUUAGAGCUCGAACGGUUUGUGGAAGGAGCUUAGGCUUUGUGAUAGCUUUAGUGGAAGGUUCUUAGUGUUUAUGUGUUAGCAUCGCCAUGAGGAGAUGGGAUUCAUUCCCAUCGGAAGGCUAAUAGCUUUAGUAGCUCUAAGUUGUAGUUAUACUCGUCUGUAAUUAUAUGUUAAUAUCGCAACUUAAA